CAACCCACCAUGCAACCAAUCUACAACCCCUACCUCGUGGCCGCCUCGGCCACGAUCGGUGGCAUGCUCUUUGGCUUUGACAUUUCCUCCGUCUCGGCCUUUGUCAGCGACGACGACUACCUCGCGUUCUUCAACUCCCCCGACUCCGUCCAGCAGGGCGGCAUCACUGCGUCCAUGGCCGGUGGCUCGUUCCUCGGCUCGCUUUGCUCUGGUUUUGUUUCUGAUAAGAUUGGAAGAAAAUACACUAUCCAAGCUGCGUCCAUCAUCUGGAUCAUCGGCUCGGCCAUCCAGUGCUCGGUGCAGAACCGCGCCCAACUCAUCUGCGGCCGUCUAAUCUCCGGCGUCGCCAUCGGCGUCUGCUCGUCCCAAGUCCCCGUCUACCUCUCCGAACUCUCGCCCAAGCGCAUCCGCGGCCGUCUCGUCGGUCUGUUCCAGUGGGCCGUGACCUGGGGUAUCAUGAUUAUGUUUUACAUUUCCUACGGCUGCUCGUUCAUCAAAGGCCCGGCCUCGUUCCGCACCGCGUGGGGUAUCCAGAUGGUUCCUGGCGCGUUGCUGCUCGCGACGUUGUUCUUCUUCCCCGAGUCGCCGAGAUGGCUGGCGUCUAACGACAGAUGGGAGGAAGCGACGACCAUCAUCCGUCAUGUGCAGGGCUCGAACGGCGCAGAGGAUACGCCUGAAGUGCAUCUCGAGCUGCAGGAGCUCAAGGAGGCUGUCCGCAUCGACCAGCUCAGCAAGGAGCUCGGAUACCGCGAUCUGUUCAAGAAAGGAUCACGUCUUCGUACUUUUGUCGGCGUGACCGCGCAGAUCUGGCAGCAGAUGACGGGUAUGAACGUCAUGAUGUACUACGUCGUCUACACCUUCGAGAUGGCGGGCUACACCGGCAACACCGGUCUUGUAUCCUCCUCGAUCCAGUACGUGAUCAACAUGGUGAUGACCGUUCCCGCCCUUCUCUUCAUCGACAAGUGGGGCCGUCGCCCGCUCCUGAUCUACGGCGCGAUCGCGCAGUGCAUCUGGCUGUUUGCCGUCUCGGGCCUCAUGGCGCAGUACGGCCACUACGUCGACGAACUCAACGGCAACGCAAACAUCCGCUGGACGGUCCCGCACAAGAACGCAGCAAAGGGCAUCAUCGCGUGCAACUACCUCUUCGUGGCCUCGUUCGCAAUGACCUGGGGCCCUGGAAUCUGGAUCUACGUCUCCGAAAUCUUCCCGCUGCGCCAGCGCGCGACCGCAAACGGCUUCUGCGCGGCGUGGAACUGGAUCUUCAAUUUCGCGCUCGCGUUCUUCGUGCCGCCUGCGUUCCGCAAUAUCCAGUGGAAGACCUACAUCAUCUUCGCCGUCUUCUGCGUCUGCAUGACCAUCCACGUCUUCUUCCUCUUCCCCGAGACCCGCGGCAAGACGCUCGAGGAGAUCGACGUUAUCUGGGAAGAACACAUUCCGCCAUGGAAGACCUCCAAGGUCGACGUCGCGGAGUUGGCUGCAAACAGAGCGCUCACGUCCAAGCACGAGAAGCAGAUGGCGAUCGAGCACGACGAGCAUCUGUCGACCGCGGGCACGGUUGCCGCGCCCGAGCCGGCGGUGGGUGCAGAGGCGCCGGCGCAGGGCGAGGAAGAGCCGAAGUAUUAGCCGCUCUGAAUGUUUUUUGUUAUGUCGAGUCUGAAGUAGUAAUUUUGAGUGUAUAACAAGUGUUAGUCGGUAAUACUAUAAUUUAUCAAACGU